GUGUCUCUGUUUACCUGAAGCUGGCUGUCUUUGUCCGCUCGGAGACUCGAGCUGUGCAGACCGGAGGAGACAGGAGGACCGGAGGACCAGAGGACAGGAAGAGGGCAGGAGGAGGACCGGAGGACAGGAGGAGACAGGAGGACCGGAGGAGACAGGAGGAGGCAGGAGGAGGACCGGAGGACCGGAAGAGCACCGGAGCACCGGAGGAGACAGGAGGACCGGAGGACCGGAGCACCGGAGCACCGGAGGACCGGAGGACAUGUCCCCCUUUUCGCCCCUGCGGGUGUCGCUCCAGCAGCGGAUCCUCUCGGCCGCUGAGCACUUCCUGCUGCAGCUGGAGGAAGCAGAAGAAGCGGCUCGAGUCCCGGCGCUGAGAGCGAUGCUCACCGAGCGGCUAACGGCGGAGAUCGUCGCUGUGUUGGAGGAAACCGUGGCGGAGUGGGAGGAGCGAGUGGAGCGGUCCCAGCGGGAGGUCUGCCGCCAGAGGAGGCUGCUGGAGGCCGUGAUGAAGCCCGAGGUCCGGCUAACAAGAGCAGACGUCCAGCAGGUGGUGCUGAGUGGAGCAGAGGUUCCCCCUGAGCAGCAGCAGUGGAGCCCCCUGGUGGACCAGGAGGAUCCAGAGCCCCUCUACAUUAAAGAGGAACAGAAGGAACUAAGGAUCAGUCCGGAGGGAGAGCAGCUUCAAGGAGUGGAGGAGGCUGAUAUAAUAAAGUUCACGUUUACUCCUGUCGCUGUGAAGAGUGAAGAAGAUGAAGAGAGACCUCAGUCGUCACAGCUUCAUCAGAGUCAGACUGAGGAGAUCAGAGCGAACAUUCGAGGACCAGAACCAGAACCAGCCAGGAACUCGGGUCCUGAGGCACAUUUACAACCAGGUCCUGUAAACAAGACUUCAAACUGCUUUGAGCCUGUGGCUGAAACCAGAGCUGUUGAUUGGAGGAAGACCAGGGAAUCUCCAUCUUGUUUUAAUACAAGAAUUAACAAAUUUCCCUGCAACACUCUGCCGGCCGUGAGGCUCCCUCAAGGCCUGGAGAGGAUCCUGGCGAAUGUUGGAUAUGUGAAUGGAGAGUUGCUCUACAGGGUUCCAGCAGCUCCUCCUCUUGUUGCUGCUGCUCCUCAAGCGAAGCCUCUGAUUCCACAAAAGCGAAGGCGAGCCAACCCGCUGGACGACAGCCGGCCGUACAUCAAGAAGCCGCCCAACGCCUUCAUGCUCUUCAGGAAGGAGGAGCGGCUGAAGGUCGUGGCCGAGCUCAACAACGCCAACAGUGCGGCUGUGAACACCAUCAUUGGACAGAGGUGGAAGGCGCUGCCAGGAGAGGUGCAGGCCAAGUACUACGAAGAAGCUGAGAAGGAGAAGCAGAUCCACAGCCAGCGCUUCCCCGACUGGUCGUCAAGUGACAACUACGGCAAAAAGAGGAGGAGGAUCAGGAGGAAGGGUCCGAACAUGACCGGAGGUCCGUCACUGCUCAACGCCCCGUGACACGCCCACGGGACACGCCCACUUUGGAUCCUCAGCUCUCCACUGACUCUAUGCUUUUAAUUUGAAGGUUUCACCUCCUCUUCCCCUCCCCCCCCCACACCUGUUUCAUUGAGGUGAAAUUGAACUGAAUUCCAAAUAGAUGAGUUUUCAAUGGAUAAAACAUGAGAAUCAGUUAUUAAGAUUAUUUCGAUCGGAUCCAUGAUCAGUGUGAACCGAGUUUGAGUCAAAGCUUGUGAACAUAUUAAAAACAGAAGUGAAGAACCAGCUCUGUUCCACUCAAACCUCUGAGCUUCACCUGGACUCAAUCCUCAGAGGACGUCCUCCAGGGACGUGGAUGCUAUGAAGCUAAUGUUCCUCCAUGUUCUAGUCAAAGUUGUACUUCGCUCUGCUGACCUCACUGUGGCGCUAGAGCUGAGUCCAGCUUCUCGCAAACAUCUGUAUAAACAUUUCAGCCGGGAUCAAAGACUCGGGCAGACGGACGUAGUCCAAGUAUUCUGGAUUAAUUUAUUUCAGUCGGAGACACAGACGCUGAGCAGAGGACACACAACAUGUGACCAAUGAACACACACAAAACAGGUGAUUAGACAAGUCUGCACCGUGUGUGUCAUGUGUCCACCAGGUGUCACUGUCUCCUCCACCAGUUACCAUGCUCCUCAGUCAUCGUGCUUUUACCGAUUUUUUUUCUAAAGUAUUAUCUCGUUCAAAUACGCCGGUGAAAAGGUUUAAAAAACAGCUUUUGUGUAAGAAGUUCUUUGCUAUGAUAAUUAAAUUAUUUUCCCCAAACU